UCCCUAGCGGCCUGCACAGUUGUCAAAUUUCAGCAGAGAAAAUCGAUGUAAGAAAUUCGCGAAAGCAUCGAGAACGUCAAGUGGACGAUUGUAAUUGUAACGCAACUAAAAAUUGCGAGUAUUCAUACGCAAACUGUUUUUAUUGCUUAUUAGUUAAAGUUUUGUAUAGUCUUUGAUUCUACUCAGAAAAUAGUUCUAAAAAUAUGGGAGUAACUGAUACGACUCCAGGAGAUAGCGCAUGUUGUUCUAAUAUAACACUGGAAACAUUUCGGGAGAUUUUUCGAGAUAUAGAGCCGGAAGUACAAAUCGAUGCAUUUGAGGAGGAGCAGGGUUCUGGGCGCGGUGACAAUUACACGGCGACAAUAUAUCGUACACAUCUCACUGGUCAACGGCAGAGCUCACCGGAUGGUAAAAAACAAAAAUGGGAAAAGAAUUUAAUUUGCAAGAGAAUGCCGGAAAAUGCACAACUUCGAGAAGCUUAUAAGAGCGAUAAGUUAUUUAGAAAUGAGGUGUUGUUUUACACGGAAAUAUUACCAGAAUUAGUUAGAUUUCAAGAAGCGAAAACUUCUCACGUGUUUGGGGCUACUCCUAAAUGUUUCUAUGCGCGAGACGAUAUUCUGAUAAUGGAGGACUUGCGAGUGCGUAACUUCCAAAUGACGGAUCGGCAAAAGGGUUUAACAUUAGAUGAGACACACUUAGUGCUGAAAGAGGUGGCUCAAUUUCAUGCUCUAAGUUUGGCUUAUAAAUUCGAAAAUCCUGAUCAUUUCGACCGAUUACGUGAACUUAUUACCGAAGGUCUUUUCUGUUCCUCAAAUGCGAAUUGGUACAAAAAUUACUAUGAAAGGCUUACAAAGGAUGCCAUUAAAAUGGUUUCUGAUAUCCUUCCGGAAGAUUCAAAAUAUUUGGAAGCCCUGAAAAAAUUUGCGGGAUGUUCGACUUUCUUUUCCCAAAUGGUGCAUUUAGUCAGUGCGGAAUCGACACUUUCUGCUAUUUGCCAUGGUGAUUGUUGGGUUAACAAUUUUCUUUACCGUUACGAAUAUACCGGAACUAACACAGAACAAAAGAGAGCCGUUGAUGUGUGUCUGGUAGAUUUUCAACUGAUUCGGUACAGCUCUAUUGCAUUGGAUAUAGCGAAUUUGUUAUUUUGUUGUACAACUAAAGCAAUGCGCGAUGAACAUUUAAGUGGGUUUAUUAAACUAUAUACAUCAGAAGUUUUUGGUUGGCUGAAAUUAUUAUGCACAAAAAUACCUGAAUUCUGUGAUAGUGCAGAGAAAUUUUCAAAAUUAUUUCGCGAUGAAUUGAAAGAAUAUGGACGUUUUGCCCUUGGACUAGCAAUGGACAUUAUACCCAUGUCGACGUGUUCGUCUGAACAUGCACCAGAUAUGUACUUAAAUAUGCACCAUGAAGACAUAGAGACUGGUGCACCAGUUUUGAAUUUUCCUCCCAACGAUUUGUGUCGUCAAAAAAUGUCUGAUAUUGUUAUCGAUAUGGUCGAUAAGGGAAUGCUUUAGUAAUUUGUUCUCGUAAACUACCGGACUACAAAGGAUACAGCGGGAACACGCAUUACUUAAUAUAUAAAAUUGAAGAUAAGUUUUCUUGCAACCAUUUUUGACUAUAGCGCAACAUACAUAUAUAAAUUUUUAAUAUGAAGUUUAAGAGAAAGCGUACAUAAACAUACGAG